GCAAAGGGGCAGGGCUGCCUCACCGUGGCCGGGGCGGUGGGCUUUGUUGCUUGCCGGCGCCCCCUGCUGGAGACGGGCUGCUCCUGCCCCCAGCAUGGAGGGGGGCAGCGUGGCGGCCCCGGCCACAGCCCCAGUCCUGGGCGAGGAGGCAGAGGGCUGCGCGGGUCUGUGGGAGCUGCCGGUGGAGCGCUGCGAGCGGCGGCCGGAGUGCGGGCGCUGCAGCCGUCCUCAGAAGGUGUGUUUAUGUCCAUUCCUGCCAAUGCAUCCGCUGAAGAUCUCCGCCUGCUUGUAUAUAAUUCAGCAUCCAGCAGAGGAAAGUCGAGUGUUAAGGACGGUGCCUUUGCUAGCAGCUUGUCUCCCUCCAGACAAGUGUAAAAUUGUGGUUGGUCGACGUUUUAGUGAAGACAGGUAUCCUGAAUUAGCAGCUGUGUGCAGAAAUCCCAAUACUCUAAUUUUGUAUCCUGGAGCUGAAGCAACCAAUUUGGAAGAAAUUGUUGUGGUGUCUUCUAGUCCAUCUGUUAUGAUCAUCAUCGAUGGAACAUGGAGUCAGGCUAAAGAUAUAUUUUACAAAAAUUCUCUCUUCCGGCUUCCCAAGCAGGUGCAGAUAAAAACCAACAUCUCAAGUCAAUAUGUAAUUCGUACACAGCCAACAAACACCUGUCUGUCUACACUUGAAUGUGCAGCUGUUGCUCUUGCAAUCAUGGAAAAAAAUAAGAAUAUACAAGAGACUAUACUACGUCCACUUCAAGCUUUAUGCUCUUUCCAGCUUCAGCAUGGUGCCCAGAUCCAUCACAGCAAGGAGCAUCUUCUCAAAAAUGGCCUAUAUGACAAGCCAAUGCCAAAGAAUAAGCGCAAACUCAGAAGAAUGGAGCUUUUGGUGAAUAAUGUUAAAAUAUAAGAAAACCGUACUGACAGUACAGUGGGAUUCAUUUGCAGCUAGAAAAUGAAUAUGAAUCUGGAUUUGAUCCAAACAGUUGACGGUACUAUAAUAAAAAAACCCCAACUUUUAGGCCCUUCAUAGGCAAGAGUUUGCCUACCAAUGUGACAAACAGUAAUGGACAAGUUUUUUCAUGUUCACAGUAGGCCAGGUGCCUUUGUUCAGGUAAUAGAAGAUCAUUUUUAUUUCCUGUAGAAAAGAGGAAAACUCUGAGCGUAAUUUAGAGUUAUGUUAUCUCUUGGGUGUCAAGUAUGAUCCUCAAUAUGACUGGAUAAAUUUACUUUGAAGAAGCUUUUAUCAGGGCAAAAAAGACAAGAAAUAUGAAUGUUAUGGAAUAGUAAGGCUUCAGUAUUUAGAAAUAUAUUGAAUUUCUGAACUUAAGGUUCUAAUUACAGUAGGUUUUCAAACUGUAAUUCCUUAUAUUACUUAGUUCAGAUAAACAUAAGGCAUGGUAUUUGGAGAGUUCUUUUUAACUUUGAGAUUUUCAUUUCUUACAUUAUUAGAAUUGCUUUUUUGUAAAUUUAUAUACAUUUUACAAUGUAGCCGGGUUUAGUUUGUCUCUCAGACUGAACUUUUAAAUUAAGCCUGCAUAUGUUUUUACCAGAACCUGAACAUUUCCAGCUUAGAAAAAAAAACCAAGAAAAUGAAUGUAGAGAAAUGAUUUCUGAAAUUAUAACUCAGGUACUUCACUUUUACUUGAGCAAAAACUACUCUUCCACAAAACAAGACAUUUUAUGGAUGUAGAUACCUCAUACCCAUACCCUAAAGGAAUUUAGCCAGCCCAGUGUAAGGAGCUAUGUAAGCGCUAUAUGCAAUAAGAAAUUAUUAUGGCUGGAUAAAACCUACUAAUAUAAUGUCCUGGGUUCAGCAGUAGCAGUCAUUUUCCCCCUCCUUGGUAGCUGGUGCAGGGCUGUGUUUUUACUUUCGGACUGAGAACGG